UAGAUGCUUAGUUCAUCUGAAAAAGUUGAAUCGACUCUGAAUACGGAUAAAGUAUCGAAUAUUGUGCACUUCUUGGAAGUGCCCCUCAAGUUUGUGGGUUUCUGGGACUGGUACAGGACACCGCGUACUGAAUUCCAGAUUUUCAUCAACAACAUCUACGUGGGAUUUAUUUUGUUCACACUGACAAACUUACUGGUUUCUCUAAUCGUUUAUUUGUAUAGUGAAUGGACGGAUAUUCUGGGAAGUUUGGAUAUAAUGGCAGAUGGACUGCCUCUAGUCGCUUCAAUCUUCAUUAUCCCUUACUUUUCCAUCUAUAAAAGUGAGCUGUAUGAAUUGGUAGAAUUCAUGCACAUUAAUUUCAAGUGGCAUUCCGCUAGAGGUUUAACUAACAUGACAAUGAUGAAAGCUUAUAGGACAGCGAAGAAUUUUGCCUAUUGCUACACAGCUUGUGUACUUUUUAGUAUUACAACGUAUGUGCUUUCACCUGUUAUACUUCAUUGGUGGAUGAAACAACCAUUCGAGUAUUGGGACUAUGUCGAUGUAACCCAAGGUUGGAUCUUAGUAUUGAUAUUCUUGCGGCAGUGUCUUUCGCAGUAUUUCAUGGCGCUCUCUAUUGGACAAUUCGGUGUAUUCUUCGCUUGCAAUGCAAUACUUCUAUGCGGUCAACUAGAUCUUCUUUGUUGUUGCUUACGAAACAUUCGAUUCACCGCAUUGUUACAACACGGUGUUCACCACAGGGCGCUUGUAAGCCAGUUCAGUGAUUUUCAGCAAGACGAAAAGCAUAACUAUUUGUAUAAUAAAGCAGAGAUGAAUGAUUCCUCCUUUCAUUAUGAUAAAAGAUGGACUAACCAGGGAAAUAAAAUGCAAUUCGACAUCUACAGCUCCGUAUAUGAUGAUGCGACGGUGGUAGCGCUUCAGGAUUGCGCAAAAAUCUCCCAAGUAGUGAAAGAGUUUAAAGACCGUUUUGAAAAGUUUGUGUCCCCGCUCCUUGCAGUGCGGGUUAUACAAGUUACUAUGUAUCUUUGUACAUUACUGUAUGCAGCUUCCUUGGAAUUGGAGAUCGUCACUAUAGAAUACUUGUGCGCUGUAGCGUUAGACAUAUUUGUUUAUUGUUAUUUUGGCAAUCAAAUUAUCUUACAGGCCGAUAGAGUAGCAGCAGCGGGGUACCAAUGCACAUGGGUCACAAUGGGCAUCAAACCACGACGUUUGCUGCUCAACAUCAUGCUGUCCAACCACAAACCAAUGUUAUUGAGAGUGGCCAACUUCUUGCCGAUGAAUCUGAAUACUUUUGUCCUGAUUGUAAAAACAUCAUUUUCCUAUUAUACGUUGCUGGCGAACGUUAACGAGUAG